AUGCUUGAAGCACGGUUGGAGCAGGCGUCGAUCCUGAAGAAGGUCGUCGACGCCAUCAAGGAUCUCGUGCAGGACUGCAACUUCGACUGCAACGACAGCGGUAUCGCGCUCCAAGCCAUGGACAACUCGCACGUCGCUUUGGUAUCCAUGAUGCUCAAGACGGAGACCUUCUCGCCCUUCCGGUGCGACCGCAACAUCGCGCUGGGCGUGAACCUUACCUCCCUGACCAAGGUGCUGCGCGCCGCCCAGAACGAGGACAUCCUGACGCUCAAGGCCGAGGACGCGCCCGACGUGCUCAACCUCGUCUUCGAGUCUUCCGAAAACGACCGCAUCUCCGAGUAUGACCUCAAGCUCAUGGACAUUGACCAGGAGCACCUGGGCAUCCCCGACACCGAGUACGCGGCCACCAUCAGCAUGCCGUCGGCCGAGUUCAAGCGCAUCACCACCGACCUCAUGGCCAUGAGCGAGAGCGUCAACAUCGAGGCGAGCAAGGACGGCGUCAAGUUCAGCUGCCAGGGCGAUAUCGGUAACGGCAGCAUCACGCUUCGUCAGCACACCAAUGUCGAUAAGCCCGCGGAGAAUAUCGAGAUCGAGCUUAGCGAGCCCGUGUCCCUCACGUUCUCGCUCAAGUACCUGGUCAACUUUUGCAAGGCGAGCGCACUGUCGAGCACGGUCAAGAUCUGUUUGUCGAACGAGGUGCCGCUUUUGGUUGAGUACAACAUUUCUGCUAGCUCGUAUUUGAGGUUCUAUCUUGCGCCCAAGAUUGGCGACGAGGAGUAA